GGGAGGAGGCCGGGGACAGCGAGGAGGAGGAGGAGGAGGAGGAAGAGGUGCUGGGGCUGCAGCUGCCCGAGGAGGACAGCGAGGAGGAGGAGGAGGAAGAGGAGGAGGAGGACGGGCACGAUGAAGAUGGGGACCUGUCCAUGGAAAGCGACCUGGAGGAGCGCCGUCAGGACACCAAGCUCCCCCAUGAGCUCUCCUGGGGCCAACGCAAGCAGCUCUACUACGACACGGACUACGGGACCGAUGCUCAGGCCAAGGGCAAGCGCAGCCAGCAAGAAGUCGAUGCUGAGGAGGAGGAAGAGGAGCAGGAGGCUCAACUCAUCCAGAGGCGGUUGGCGCAGGAUUUAGGGGAAGAUGAUUAUGGGUUGGAUGUGAUCCAGGGCUACGUGGCUGAGCAGCAGAAAACCCACGAUGGCAAGGCGCAGAAGAUUGACAAAGAUUUGCAGGCCCUUUCCAAGAAGGAGCAGCUGAAGCUCCUGAAGCAGGAGUCCCCUGAGCUCCUGCAGCUGAUUGAGGACUUUGAAGUCAAGCUCAUGGAGCUCAAGGACGAACUGCACCCGCUGCUGCAAAUGAUCAAAGACGGCACUAUCCCCCAAGGGAAAGGCAGUCGCUAUUUGCAGACCAAGUAUCAUCUCUACUUGAAUUACUGUGCCAAUAUCAGUUUCUAUUUGGUUUUGAAGUCCAAGAGGAUGCCGGUUCAUAGUCACCCCGUUAUCGAGCGGCUGGUUGCUUACAGAAAUAUAAUCAAUGACCUAGCUGUUAUAGAUCAAAAGUUAUCCUCACAAGUUCGUAUGCUUUUGAGAAACUACUAUGAUAAGAAGGAACUUAAAUUACGGAAGGAGAAGAAGUUUGCGGUGUUUCUCCCAUUGGAUGUUAAGAAAAACAAACCAAAACGUGCUCCUGCGCUUGCUGAUGAACCGUCAGAUGAGUCGGACCUGGACGAAGAGGCCGCCCUAAAAUACUAUAAGAUGAUGGAGGAGAAGUUGAAACUCAAGAGGAAGAGAGCUGAAGACCAAGACACGCUUGAAGAAGAAGCGGUGUUGGAAGGAGAGGAUCCAAAUAAAAAGAGAGGUGUGACCUAUCAGAUGAUCAAGAACAAAGGCCUCACGCCCAAAAGGAAGAAGAUCGAUCGCAACCCCAGGGUCAAGCAUCGGGAGAAGUUUCGGCGAGCCAAGAUUCGCCGCAAGGGCCAGGUCCGUGAAGUUCGGACAGAAUUGCACAGAUAUGCCGGGGAGCUGUCUGGCAUUCGCGCAGGAGUUAAGAAAAGCAGGAAGCUUCAAUGA